AUGAAGAAGAACUUGGCAGUUUUAUUCCUAGUGUCUUCUUUGAUUCCAAAUGCAUAUAGUGUAAUGAAAGUCACAGCGCAGGGGAAGAACAAAUGUGAUGAGAAGACCUUCAUUACCACACAAACCGAAUGCCGUCCUUGUUCUCUGAAUUUUGAUGCUCAGUGUCCUGAAGGCUCUACCAGAAUUACCAAUGGUUAUGGGACGCAAAAAUGCAGGUUUGGGGGUCAGAUCAGGGGGGGCUCUAUUAUCUCCCUCGAGGGAUGUCAGCAUACAUGUAUGAAGGAGUAUCAGCAGCCUCAGUGCUGCCCAGGUUAUUGGGGACCUGACUGCCUAGAAUGUCCAGGCGGAGCAGCAUCCCCCUGCAAUAACAGAGGACAUUGCUCUCAGGGCAUUACUGGGAAAGGAAUCUGUACCUGCCAGAAAGGAUUUUCUGGAGUUGCUUGUGAAACAUGUGAUAAAGAUCUUUUUGGACCUCUCUGUAUGUCAGCCAUCAACCCAUGCUUGGAACAGGUCUGUGAUCCCCAUGCUGACUGCAUCUACCUUGGUCCCAGUCAUCAUACAUGUUCAUGCCAGAAUGGCUACAAAGGAGAUGGCCAAGUUUGCACUCCAAUAGAUCCUCGGCAGACAAAAUCUGUGCAUUGUCCUGCAGAGUCCACUGAAUGUAAAUAUGAUAGCCCUGGAAAGGUUCUUACACCCCACAGAGGAGUGAGGUCCACACCGCCAAAACUUCUUGUCCGUUUAGAACAGAUGCCAGACUACUCCAUUUUCAGGGGUUAUAUUAUUCAAUAUAACCUGGCAAGCGAAAUAGAAGCAGCUGGCACCUAUACCAUUUUUGCCCCGGAUGACUAUUCAAUUAAAAGUUACCUCAAGAGUAAACAGAUGACCUCUCUGGAUGAAGACCAAAUCCGGUUCCAUGUUCUUCUAGAGGAGAAGCUCUUCAAGAAUGACUUGCAUAACGGGAUGUUCAGGGACACCAUGCUUGGUUUUUCAUUUAGAGUAGGAUUCUUCAUCCAUGAUGCUCAGCUCUACAUAAAUGAAGCACCUAUAAAUUAUCCAAAUGUUGCAACUGAAAAAGGAAUUAUCCAUGGACUGGGAAAAGUAAUGGAAAUCAAGAAGAACCGAUGUGAUACCAAUGAUACUGCAAUAAUAACUAGGAGCUGUUUGCCCUGUAUCUUCAGCAAUGGCUGUCCUCCUGGAACGAAAGUGGUGGCAGGGAGCAAACAAAUGUGCUUCUACUACAGAUCUUCAGGGCGCGCCAUGGAAAAAGGAUGCCAGGUCCAGUGUGCAAAGACUGUAAUUACCAGAGAAUGUUGUGCGGGUUUCUAUGGCACACAGUGUGAGCCGUGUCCACAAGCAGCUGGAAAUGUUUGCUUUGGGAAUGGAAUUUGCUUGGAUGGCUUCAACGGCACCGGCUUCUGUGAGUGUGAAGCGGGCUUCAAAGGACUGGCCUGUGAUAGUUGCAGCGAAGGCAAAUAUGGCAUUAACUGUGAUCAAGAGUGUGCCUGCGUCCAUGGGAAGUGUAGCAGUGGCAUUAAAGGGGAUGGCUCUUGUGAAUGUGACGCUGGCUGGAGAGGUGUGAAAUGUGAUACGGAAAUCAAGGAUGAUAACUGCAACAAUUCUUGCCACACCAGUGCUAACUGCCUUCUCAAUCCUAAAGGGACAUCAUACUGCAAAUGUGCAGCUGGCUUUAAAGGGAAUGGAACACAUUGUACAGCCAUUGAUGCAUGUGAAAUCAGCAAUGGAGGUUGUUCCACUGAAGCAGAAUGUAGACGGACCACUCCAGGAAAUCGAGUGUGUGUUUGCAAAACAGGUUACACUGGAGAUGGAAUAGUCUGCCUUGAAAUUAACCCCUGCAUAACAAAUAAUGGUGGAUGUGACAAACAUGCAGAAUGCACUCAUAUUGGACCCAAUCAGGCAGUGUGCAACUGUUUAAAAGGAUAUUCUGGAAAUGGCCAUUCAUGCACCUACAUCAGUUUAUGUGCAAUUAAUAAUGGCGGUUGUGGGAAAAAUGCAGUCUGCAAUGAUACUGAAGUGACUGGAAGGACCUGUGCAUGUAAAUCUGGUUACAUUGGUGAUGGAUUUAUUUGCAGAGGCACCAUCAUCCAGGAACUUGUAAGGGAUUUCAACACUAGUCAAUUUAAGAUGUAUCUUCAGGAUGCUGGUGUCCAAGAUUUGGAAGGGGCUGGCCCUUUCACUGUUUUCGUACCCCUAAGAAAAGCAGUUCAAUCAAAAACUUACGACUGGGUCAAAAAUGGUGUGAUGCCCCAGAUACUUCGCUACCAUAUAGUAGCUUGUAGAGCGCUACUCUACUACGAUUUGACAACCGAUAAAAACGUGACUACUCUCCAGGGAGAACAACUCAAGAUCACUUUCUCACAGAAUUCAGUAUUUUUAAAUGGCAAAGCUAAAAUUUUAACCCGUGAUAUGAUCUGCACAAACGGAGUCAUCCACAUCAUAGACAACUGGCUGGUUCCACAGAGGAUUCAAGACUUCGCGACUCCUCAUCCGACAACGGAGAGGGAAAGUCUCAAAAUGGUGGCAGCAAAAAAUGGCUACAUCAUGUUUGUCAACUUGCUUGAGAGUGCUGGAUUGUUUAGCUUCCUCAAUGAUCCUGCUCACCAACCGGUCACCUUGUUUUGGCCCACCGACAAAGUGGUCAGAGCUCUGCCUGCAGAACAGCAGGAUUUUCUAUUUAAAAUGUCAAACAAGGCAAAAUUGCAGCAGUAUCUGAAAUUCCACGUUAUUAGAGAUGCCAAGAUUUCAGCCUAUGCCCUCCCUACCUCCACUUCACUGGCAACAGUUCAAGGUUUUGAUCUCAGUGUGACGUGUGGUAAAUAUAACGAUGAAAUUGGUGAAUUGUAUGUCAAUGAUAACAGCUGUAAAAUAGUGCAAAGGUAUCUGGAGUUUGACGGUGGCGUUGCUUACGGGAUUGACUGCUUGUUCACAGAUCCUAACUUUGGAGGUCGCUGUGACACUUUCGUCAGUUAUGAUGUUCCGGGAGAUUGUGUUAGUUGUUACAGAACUCCGAAGUGUCCUGUUGGGGCUAAAAUAAAGGGACAACAGUCACACCCGUGCACUUACUAUAGCUAUGGAAGACUCCGUGAAGGCUGCCAGAGGAACUGCUCUGUGUCUGUCAGGGUACCCCAGUGCUGCAAGGGCUACUUUGGGAUUGACUGUCAAGGCUGCCCGGGAGGGCCAGAAGCUCCAUGUAACAGCCGUGGGUCAUGUGAUGAAGGAUACUCUGGCACAGGAGAAUGCACAUGUUAUGGUGGCUUCAAUGGGACGUCAUGUGAACUCUGUCUGCCUGGAAGAUACGGCCCAGAUUGCAGAUUCUGUCAGUGCACGGAGCAAGGACAAUGCGAUGAAGGGAUUUCUGGAUCAGGACUAUGUGUCUGUGAAACUGGAUGGACAGGAAGGUUCUGUGAAACCAAACUGGAUGUGGUACCAGUGUGUUCACCCAGCUGUUCCACCAAUGCUGUGUGCAAGGCCCAAAACAUCUGUCAAUGUAAACUAUAUUAUACUGGAGAUGGAAUCACCUGUACAGCAAUUAACCUUUGUAAGGUAGCCAAUGGUGGCUGUCAUAAGAAUGCAAGAUGCACGCAAUCUGGUGUGAAAGUCAACUGCACAUGUCAGAAAGGAUACAAAGGAGAUGGCCAGAUCUGCAUGGCUAUCAACCCUUGUACAGAUGGGCUCAAUGGUGGUUGCCAUGAACAUGCGAUUUGUACAAAAACAGGGCCUGGUAAGCGCAAAUGCGAAUGCAAAGAUAACUACAUUGGUGAUGGAAUUGACUGCGAAGUGAAACAGCUCCGAAUGAACCGAUGUUUGCAAGACAACGGACAAUGCCAUGCUGAUGCUAAAUGUGUAGAUCUCCAUUUUGAGGAUGCAACCGCUGGAGUUUUUCACAUACGUUCUCCACUGGGACAGUACAAACUGACUUAUGACGAAGCAAAUAAAACCUGUGCAGAUGAAGGAGCGACACUGGCUACAUACAAUCAGCUCUUAUAUGCCCAGAAGGCAAAGUACCACUUAUGCUCAGCUGGCUGGCUACAGAAUCGGAGAGUAGGCUAUCCAACAGCCUUCUCUGCCCCUAAUUGUGGUGGAGGACUCAUUGGGAUUGUCGACUAUGGAAUCAAAAUCAACCAGAGUGAAAGAUGGGAUGCCUUCUGCUACAGAGUCAAAGAUGUUAACUGCACUUGCAAAAUUGGCUAUGUGGGUAAUGGAUUCACAUGUACUGGAAAUCUGCUUCAAGUCCUCUUGUCUGUCCCAACAUUUACAAACUUUGUCUCGGAGGUCUUUACUUACUCAAAUACCUCAAAGAAAGGUCAAGAAUUCUUGAAAUACCUCACAAAUUUGUCAAUUAAAGCUACAUUGUUUGUGCCAGACAAUAAUGGACUGAAGGAAAAUGAGACACUUUCUGGAAGAGACAUUGAGUACCAUUUGUCCAACAUCAGCAUAUUGUACUAUGAAGACUUGGCCAACGGAACUACUCUUCAAACCAGAAUAGGGAAAAAGCUUUCAAUUACUCAUGGUGAAAACCAAGAAAACCAGGCCUCCGUUGCUAAAAAGAGGGCAAUGAGGUAUGUGGAUGGAAGAGCUAUCCUUGGGUGGGACAUUGUUGCUUCCAAUGGGGUCAUCCAUGUCAUUGCAGCACCCCUGAAGGCUCCUCCUCUGCCCCCUGCAUUCUCACAUCUUGGAGUUGGAACAGGACUAUUCUUUGCAGUUCUGCUCCUCAUUGGAAUCAUUGGCCUUAUUGGGUAUGCAUACUUCAGAUUUAAGCAAGGAGAUAUUCACUUCCAGCGUUUCAAGCAAAACAAUGAUAUCGAUGUAACUACGCUGGACAGAGCCCGGACUUCAAACAUCUCAAACAUUAACUAUGAAGGCUCAACAACUUCACCACCAGAUCUUCCUUAUGAUCCAUUUUCAGCUUCUGAUGUACGUGAACUGGUGACUGAUGAUCCACCUGCAGAGUUCUGA